AUUACUAUCAAAAUGACGGGACAUGUGUUCCUACGGUUCUGUAAUUUUCUAAAGAAGGAAGUGAUUUUCCGUUUGUAUCCGCAUGUCGCUAUUUUAGACUUUUUAGACAGGUCACCGCGAAAGCGAAAAAAUGGCGGCUCAGGGGAAGAAGAAGAUGAAAGGGAAGACGAUAAAUCUGACAGAGUUUCUGUCAGAUGAAAAAGGGGGAAGCCCAGCCCCAACAUACUCAUCUAAUAAAAUCGAUUGGGCAGCAGAGAUGGAUUCUAAUGAUUUAGAAGACUUGGAUUUAGACUUGCAGCGAUCAAUGAUUGACAGAUCCAAGUUACCCACUGCCCCCAAGGCUGCCCGAGGGCCCGACGUAGAUCUCGGUCGAAUUCCAAACCAACCGCCAUACACAGCAUUCAUUGGAAAUCUGCCCUAUGAAGCUACAGAGGAUCUCAUAGAAAAUUUUUUCAAAAAUUUAAAGGUGGUCAAUGUUAGACUACCAACUGACCAAGGGAGGCUAAGAGGGUUUGGAUAUGUAGAGUUUGAGGACAGGCAAUCACUGAUUGAUGCCUUGGGUUUAAAUGAUGAGAACAUGGGAGGAAGGAAGAUGCGUGUUGAUCUAGCAGGACAGAAUCAAAAUGAAAAUCAGAAGAGCGGAUUCGGAGAUAGAAGAAACGAGGGGCCAGACAGAACUGACUCCGAUUGGAGAAGAGGACCCCCUCCCGAAUCAGAUUUUGAUAGAAAUGACAGGCGUGGUGGCGGAAGUGAUAGAUGGGGAGGAGGAAGAGGAUUUGAGGAUAGGGGUUCCAGGGGGUAUGAUAGGGACGAAAGAGGUCCAUCAAGGGGGUUUGACAGAGAUGAUAGGGGCCCAUCAAGGGGCUUUGACAGAGAUGAUAGAGGCCCCUCAAGGGGUUUUGACAGAGAUGACAGAGGCCCUUCAAGGGGUUUUGACAGAGAUGAAAGAGGCCCAUCAAGGGGUUUUGAUAGAGAUGAUAGGGGACCUAGAGGCUAUGAUCGAGGAGACAGAGGAUUUGACCGCGAUAGAGGUGGCUUUGAUAGAAGCGGUGGUCCACGAGAUGACUGGAAUUCUAGAAGAGAUUUUGAUGACCGAGGCCCAUCCAGAGGUUUUGACAGAGAUGGUGGGAGGGGAUACAGAGACCGGGGCUUUGAGAGUGGAGGAGACAGAGGAUAUGAUAGAAGGUCCAGGGAUCGGUAUGAUGAUAGAGAUAGAGGCUAUGGAUCUGGUUUUAGAAGAGAUGACAGAAGAGAUGAUGGCUAUGACAGACCUAGGUCAGACAGACCAAGAAGUCCAGAGGGUGGUCGAGAUGCACCAGUUGAGCGACCAAGGUUAAACCUUCAACCAAGAACCAAACCUGUAGAAAAUGAAGGUCCCAAGAAUCCUGGCGGUGCCCCUGAAAAGAAAGCCUCCAUCUUUGGAGCGGCCAAACCAGUAGAUACGGCGGCAAGGGAGAGAGAGAUAGAGGAAAGAUUGGCAAAACAGAGAUUGGAAGAGUCCAAGAGGGCAGAGGAGGAGAAGGAAAAUAGAAAUGUUGGUGGUCGGAGUGGUAGACCUCGUCAAGAUAGUGAGAAUUCUCAAGAUGGGAAUAGACGAGACUCAUUUGAAGGCAGCAGGCGAGAGCGAAGACUCAGCAGCAAUAGCUCGAGUAAAGGAGGCCGAUCAGGUCCUUCCCAUGGGCGACCCAGAAAAGACAGUGAAAAAUCCAACCACUCCCAGGAAGUUUUCUCCGGUGGGGAGGAGGGUAAGGAUGAGCCCAAGAGUCCACUCUCACCUGUGCACAGAGAGGAUCCUGUCAAGCUUGUGCCAGCCCCACCACCUCCAGUCAAUGCCUGGAACAAGAGGAAAGUAGAGACUGCCCAGAAACCAGGCAACCCAGGUGAUGGAAAGUCACCACCACAGAGCAAUUCCCAAGUCCCUGCCAAGAGUGAAACUAAGUCAAAUCCUACAUCUGCAGAACCUCCAGCUACCAAUGCUUGGGCAAAGGGUAAACCAGCAGACCUUAGGUCGUCUGAAUCUGCUUGGAAUAACUUGCCUCCCAAAGGUAAAUCAGAGGAAAGAGGGGGAUUUCCCGGUGAAGGCAGGGGAGGAUCGAGUCGAGGCGGGAGAGGGCGAGGGACACCAACUCGUGGACGAGGGGGAAAACAGAAAGUUCCAAGGGAGAAACCAAUCCCCAAAUCUAUAGAUGAAAUGCCCAAAUUUGAGGAAAAGGAGAAAAAGGAAGUCUUAGUUAUGAUAAAGUCCCGAGAACCACGUCUAUCCACCGAUCUAGCGGUCCGUUCAACAGACCUAGAUAUCUACGACCUAGAGGCUAGGCUAGCUGCUACGAUCUUGAACGCAGCCCAGCCAAGCGUUGUAGUCAUUCCACCAAAUGAAAGUUUCCAAGAUGAGCAUUUGCUUCACAAGUACCUUUUAAAAAUCAAGACUUCAACAAGCAAAGGUAGCAGCUGUCAUUCCUUAGCAAGAAUUUACAUUCAGAUGGUUGGGAGGAACAGCUCCAGUCCCUAUUUUCCAGUGGAUGUGUUCUACUCGGGAAGGUUUCUCUUUCAAAGAGGUUGUACUGACAUCUUCUUAUUCAAAGUUGUAGAUUACCUUGGUGAAAUUGAUGUUCUGAACUUUCUUAUUGUCAAAAGCAAAGAAAGUUCAUGGAAACCUGUAGAUGUGACUGCAAUGCAUGUUGCGAGUGGAAGGAGUUGGAAAGUCUGUCAUAAAAUUACAGACAUAGAUUCCCGUGUUGUAGAAGAUGGCCAAAGUGAAGAUCAGAAACAAAGAGGUGCUAUAGGACAAUAUGUGCAAUGGGUGCUGAAGUAUCACACAUGGCUAUCCUCCAUGAACACCCCUAUUAGAUAUGGUGCAUACACCACCAGGAUACAUGUUUUGUUUCUGUUUUGGUGUCUGUCUGUUCAGGCUUUGUGUGUACUUGAAAUCUAUUGUGUGUCACCUCAUCAAGGUAGCAAUCAACUGCCAUACGCCAUCUUUCAAUCCAGUGUGGCUACAUCUUUCCUAAUGCUACUGCUGGGGUCCAUAAAGUUUCUUCUACAUGAAGUAAAAUCGGGAUCCAAACAGUUUAGAAAACUUCCCAGAUUUAAAAGUAUUCUGGAAAAGGAAACAAUAGGAAGCAAAGAGGUCUUGAACAUAAACAUCUCAAAGAAGUCUGAGCCAUUAUAUCUAAAAAGUGAAGUGUCUUUGAAAAGUGAAAAUGUUGAGACUAAUGAACCAGUAAAUGAAGUCAUUCAAGGAACUGACAGGUUCAUCUCAGUCAUUUCUAUGAGCAGGUCUUUCUUAUCAAUCCCUGGAUUUGAAGACCAAAGUUUUUUAUCGAUUGACAGUAAAUCAAGCAGCACAGUUUUCCAUGAUGUAAAUGCUUCAAGUGAUAAAGUAGUUACUGUUGCUUCAUCAAAAAGACAUUCAAGUCAACAAGGAAAUUUGCUGAGUAAAAUCUCCAUUGCCUGGAAAUCGAACAGCAAAUUGGAUAAGCACAUAUCACAAUCAGUUGAAGUUUUCAAGAUAGCUUCAUCAGAAAAGGACUUCAGACAUUUUGCACAAAAUUUGAUAACAUAUGUAAGGAAAGCAUUCCAAGAUGGUGUAACAAGUAUACUGAAAAAGAAAUACAAGAAAUCAGUGAAUUUGAUACAAAGAUGCAUAGAAAUUCUUUAUUCAAAUAUUGAAGAUGGGAUCUCCUGUCUUGAUUUCAAGAUGGAGUCUAUGAAAAAGGAACUAAAGGUUUCUCCUAACCAAGUUCAACAGAGAAGAGUCAUUCUGAACAUGAUCAAGCAUGUAGUGGACAGAACCACUGCUAAUCCUUCUCUUACUGCAGGGGAAAGUCUGAUGAUAUGUCAUGAACUUUUCUGUUACUUUAGGAUUUUGGACAAUGUAGAACUGUAUAAGGAUAUGAUGAGUGAACUGCAGCAUCCAGUUGAGCACAUGGACCAACUUUUGGAGCACUUUGUUUUCAAAGUAAUCCUGGGUUGCUGCGAGACAGUUUAUCAGACACCGGUGCGUCUACAUGGAACUCUCUGUUUGACUGAAGGAAACAACUCCUUGUCCAGUAUUAUCCAAAGUGUCAUGGAAGGAGACAUUGCAAGGGAUCAUGCUGUGUACAGCUUUAGUUGUGACAUCAUUGAAAAUGCAGAGAUGGAGGUCACUUUAGAGCAUCAGUUUGCUGAGAACGUCUACCUAGAAUUCACUAUCAAGCAGGCCAUAUUGAAUGAGCUUAGGAGUAUCUGCCAUAGUGGGGUCCUUCUUCACGAUGAUGAGACAAACUUGCAAGAAGUUAGGUCAAGUCUGUAUAGGAAAUGGCGAAGGGAAGGCCUACAGCCAAAGCUAGACAACAGGGCACAGCUUGCUGAAGUUCUCCUCCUGCAGUAUGUGAAGAAUUUGAAUGAGGCUGGAUUGUUGAAGGGAAGUGACAUUUUACAGAAUACCAACGAUUUUCAUUACCUGCAGCAUAUGCUGGGGAGAAUUCUGGCCAUAGAAGUACAGAAGAACCUAAAGUUUACUGCCAUGUCAUUUGUUUCAAAAUAUGAGAAUCGGCAAGAUUUUGAAAGUGACAUAGAGGUUCAGAUGAACAGGGCAGCCAUGUCAAUGGGCAGAGUUUUAUCAACCUUGACCAGCAGAGUGAUAUAUGAAGAGAUUUUGCAUCAAAGAGCUCAAAACGUUGUUAACAACAUUCUUCAGGAGUUGGAGCAUGAUGUAAAGUUACACAGGGCGAUGCAGGAAAUUAGUUGCAUUGAAGUUGAAAGUGACGACUCAUUAACAGAUACAGAGAUUCAAGACCUAAGGGAAGAUUUGGUUCCAAUGAAGUGUUUCCUGAAGUAUGUCAUGGUGGAAAAAAUGGAGAAUCUACACAGGGGAUUGCCUGCAUCAUUCAUCAACAAACGCUGGAAUUUCCACAAACAAUUCACCACACAGGCCUAUGAAACUCUGACUGAGGCGGCACUUAUACUUGAUGAAGAUUCUGUCGACAAAUCACUUAAACCAAAACUUCUGUAUGAACUGGAAUGGGACAUGACUGGAGAGAACAGGAAGUGGUUGCCAGGGUCGUUAAUGCGUUUGUUUGCAUUGUUCCUGUUUACAUCCACCAUGUUCAGUGUGGUGUACGUGGCGUUAACUGCCGCACAACUGACAGUGGAUCAGGUCACCGAGUGGUUCGCUUGUCUGCUAGUGUCGCUCGCUCUCUAUGGAUUGGUCUGGGAGGUCCUACUCUCAAUCAGUGUAGGAAAAAUUCAAGAACGUCUUAAUUGAUAUUAGUUUUCAAAUUGAAGAUUUGCAUGCAUUAGGAUAUAAGUAUUGGUUGUUAGAUGUACAUAGGGAAAUU